CUCCAUCGCGACGGGAGGAACUGCUUAUCAGCUUGAGCUUACUGCCAAGAGAAUGAUGGUGAAGACAGGAUAUCAGAUGGCUGUGUUGGUUAUAAUGGUGAUAAAUGCUGCCACCGUAGUUAGUCAAAAUCUGGAAGUGGAUGUGGGCUUGAUUGUGAAUCAGGUAGUGGAACACCAUCUCACCGGCUGUCACCUUGUGCUCAUCACCACUACACAACACUCACGCUUAUUCUCCAGAAUAAUCAGACACAUGAGUGUGGGUGUGGAGGCUGGCGUGGUAGUGGAGGCAGGAUCGGUGUUCUCUGAAAACCAGUUGACCCAGGACCACCUUCUUCGUGGGCUAUGGAGGGACACCAGAACCACCUGCCAUGGACUCAUCCUCGAUCUUACCACCACCACCAGCAACAAUACCAACUUUAUUUUCAGGUUGACAGAAGCGUCUAGUUUAUGGAAGUUUUCCGAGAUGCGGGUGGUUUUAGUGGGUGGAAAGGCAGGGAUGAAGGACGUCCUACUCCACCAUGGCCUUCGCAACACCGUACACGUCCUCUACCUGGCCAUCACCGACCUCACCCUCCACACCCCACCAUGGCAUACAAACUCACGUCUCAGGAAGGUCCUCCCACAGGAAGGAAUAGUAAGUGAGCGUGUGUGGGUGUACAGGCGGUGUCUGUACUGCAACAACGGGGAGAUGGACGUCCAACUUAUCCUGCAGAAGAAUCUCACCUCACUUAUUCAACAACCUGCCCACCUCUUUCCUGAACAGUUCCAUAAUCUGAUGGGUUACAAGUAUCGGGUAGUGGCGUUAAGAUAUUUCCCGUAUAUGGACUACGAGAGAGACAGAGACGAACCAGGCACCACUGUCACGCCGAAGGAUUCCUUGGACGUCAGGAUAUUAACUACUCUCGCCUCAGUCCUAAAUUUCACAUACCAGAUACACGAACGGAGUGAUUUUAAAUGGGGUGUACCGACAAACGGUAAAUUUAACGGGAUGAUUGGUGAGCUCCAGCGUGAAGAAUCUGACUUCUGUAUGAUCGCGGCGCCAACCCCUGAACGCCUGCAAGUUAUCGACUACACGAAGGGAUAUACUCCAGACGUAAUGAUCACACUCUCUUUGAAGCCUACCUUAUUGCCAGAGAACCUUUCUCUUAUAAGACCCUUUGAAGGAGAACUGUGGGUAGCACUGCUGUUGAGCGUGGUGGCGUUUGGUGUUCUUAUGUGGGUGCUACAGAAAGUGUGGUUAUGGGCGGCGGGAGGGCGGAGUGUCAAGUUCAACACCGCCUUCCUGUACGGUUGGGGAGCACUCCUGGAAAAGCCUCCUCCGGUUCCCUCCGUCACCGUCUCUGGUCAAGUGCUGGUGGGGUGGUGGCUGGUGUUUUGUCUGAUCAUCACUACAGGAUACCGCUCGUCUUUAAUUGCUCACUUGACAGUUCAGGGGAAAUCAGCGACACUUGAGGGUUUUAUGGACUUAGUGCAACGCGACAAUUGGAAGUGGGGCAGCGAGGCUUGGUUCAUGACAGGAGUACCUUUAGAGUAUUUCUCAAAACAUACCGACCCAGUGGUCCAGAAGAUAUAUAAAGAAAUGGAGCUGCCUCUCGUGAAAGAAGCAUUCGAGAAGGUGCUCGCGGGUGGUUACUCCUUCAUCAGCUUCAAGAACUACGUCAGUGUCAUCAUUGCCUCCAGCUACAGCGAUAGCUUCGGCAGCACACCUUUCUACAUCGGCAAAGAAGAAAUACCCAUCUUCGUGGUCUCUGGAUGGGGAUUCAGGAAAGGUGCACCAUUCCACCCUCGUUUUACUCAACUAAUAUACCGACUGGAAGACGCUGGUAUUAUAAACUACUGGAAUAAGGAAGUGAUGGCCCGACGCGUGAGGGAGAACAAGGCGGCUGCAGCUCUGGAUUCUCAAGCUUCCCUGACGAACAGUAUACAGACAGACAACAAGGAGGUUGUACUUGGGCUGAACCACCUGCAGGGCGCCUUCUACUUGCUGUUUCUGGGCUCCAGUGUAGCUCUCCUUUCUCUUCUGGGGGAAAACUUCGUACUCUUCCGCUACUCGAAUCAGUAAUACUCAUCCUGUCAUCAACCGUUGAUAGGUUUCUCCAGAAUCAAAAGUA